AUGACAUUAGACUUGGACCUCAUGGAGGAUAUUGUUAUCGACGUGGUAGGCGAAGGACUCAAAGAUAGUGGAGAGCAACACCUCUUACCUUUGGAUGAGGCGCGGGGCGAGCAGGAGGGCGACUCGGAGGCUUUGACUGUGUCCUCCAGCAGCCAAAGUAAGGACCGGGACACCUACAGCCCAUCGCCUGCGUGUCCCCCUGCAAAAACCAAAAGCCCGACGUCAGUGAAGCCUCCAUACUCCUACAUCGCUCUGAUAACGAUGGCCAUAUUGCAGAGUCCAAAGAAGCGGCUCACCCUCAGCGAGAUAUGUGACUUUAUCAGCCACCGCUUCGUUUAUUACCGUGAGAAAUUCCCCGCCUGGCAGAACUCCAUCAGACACAACCUGUCGCUCAAUGACUGCUUUGUAAAGAUGCCCAGAGAGCCGGGAAACCCCGGGAAGGGCAACUACUGGACGCUGGACCCCAACUCCUCGGACAUGUUUGAGAAUGGGAGUUUUCUGCGUCGGAGGAAGAGGUUCAAGCGGCAGCAUUUUCGCUUCGGUGCGCUCAAGGAGCAGCACCUGGAGCCCAGCGGACUGCACAGCUUCCCGCACGGUGCCUACGGGCUCGGCACGGCGGGUCUGCAGCUCCCCAGUCUGGAGAUUUACCCCUACAUCCACCACCAUGCGCCCACGCCGUGCGCCUCCGCCACCAUCCCACCUGUCAACAGCAUCCUACCGGCUCUAUCCAGCUUCUUCUCCCGGAGCGCCCUCGCAGCCAAGGCUUUCCUCCAGUCUCAGCCCGGUAUUGAACCCUUCUCUUCUCCGGCUCAAUGUACUGCUUUUUCCUCUCCUCUGACCUCCGGCGCAGCCUACGCGUCCCCUGCGCUUUUCCACCCUGCGGCGUCUCCGCACCUCCUCAGUUUACAUCAAGAAUAUCAGAAAUUACAGACUCAGCGUGGCACCUCUGACCUGAGCAAACACAUAAUGAAUGCUAAUGAAUAA